AUGGAUCGAAAUAUUUAUGAAGCUUGUAGCGAUCUGAUAAAAAGAUUUAAUAACCAACCAGUUAGCGCAGAUGAAGUAUUAGCUGAGAAAAUUGACCACCUAGUACCUAUUCCAUUUAAAAGUAGAGAAGAAUUAGAACUCAUUGCGAUGAAAGACCAAAAUGAAGGAUUAUAUCAAGAUGAUUUAAUGCCAAACCUGGAUUUAAGAGUGCUUCACUAUUAUGCCACACAAUUAUGUUUAAGAAAAUAUCCACAUCUAAUAAAUAGAUUCGAGGAAUCAAGUCUGAUAACAUUAGGUUUACUGAUAGAAAAAUGGUUAAAGGAUAUGCUAGUUGUAGAAGUUGAAAAUGGUGAUGAAGAAAUAAUCUCAAAUUCAUUAAGCGAAGGACCUUCUCAGUUUAUUUCAAAGGUAAUAAACUAUGAAGAUGCACCUGCUGAUAUAUGA